AUGAGCAUCACUUGGGCAACCCCGGCCCCAAUCCCAUCCAUCGAGACAGCGACCCAGUCGCAGUCGCCGUCGCCAUGGCCCCCCUCACCCACACCUGGUCCUAUGGGCCGCGCCCAAUUCUCGCCGGCAUCCUUGUCUAUGGCGGCUGAGGACUAUGCGACCGCAGCCCUCGCUGUCUCCAAUUCCCAGCUCCCAAAACUCCCUCGAGCCCGGCCCCUUGCCCAGCCACAUCUCACUGACAAGGAGAAGCUGACGGUUAUCCGAAUUGCUCUUGGCCACAAAGAGCUUUUUGGCAAGGCCACCAACACAGCUUUCUGGAACGUUGUUGCUAGAGCGUUUAUGUUUGUGUCUCAGAAGACACACACAACGCUCUGGCAGGUGGUCAAGGUCCUCAUGAUCAAGCGGAAGGAAUACCUCCUAAACCACAGUAGCGGCGAGCAAGACAAGACAGACUCUAUGUCUGAUGCCAUUGACGAAUGGAUCCAGGUCCAAGACGAACGGACGAGAAGAGACGCUGACCGAAAGGCCGCCCAGGGCGCCGCUGAAGCCGAGACUGAGCAAUCGCAGGCAUGGCGAGAGUCCAGGUUCCAGACCUGGACCAAAAAAGAUGCCCUUGCCGAUGGGCAGGCGCCAUCGCCCAGACUGGCAGACGGGUAG